UCCUUGCUCCAGGAUGCACCCGAGGAGACAAUGAGUGAUUUGCUAAAUUUCCUGCUCCUCAAGUAUCGAAUGAAGGAGCCAAUCACAAAGGAAGAAAUGCUGAAUGGUGUCCUCAAAAAUUACGAGGACCAAUUCCCUGCCAUCCUCAGCAGAGUCUCUAAGUGCCUGGAGCUGGUCUAUGGCAUUGAAGUGAAGGAAGUGGAUCCUGCCGGCCACGCCUACAGCCUCAGCAUCUGCCUGGGCCUCACCUAUGAUGGGAUGCAGAGUGAUGACCAAAGCAUGCCUAAGACUGGCCUCCUGAUUAGCAUCCUGGGCUUGAUCUUCAUGGAGGGCAACUGCACCUCUGAGGAGUCCAUGUGGGAAGCACUGAGUAUGCUCGGGGUGUGUCCUGGGAGCGAGCACUCCAUCUAUGGGGAGCCCAGGAAGCUCAUCACUGAAGAUUGGGUGCAGGAAAACUACCUGGAGUACCGGCAGGUGCCCGACAGUGAUCCUGCACGCUACGAGUUCCUGUGGGGCCCACGUGCCCACGCUGAAACCACCAAGAUGAAAGUUCUGGAGUAUUUGGGCAAGUUCAAUAUUACUGUCCCCAGUUUAUUCCCAUACUUGUAUGAGGAGGCUUUGAGAGAUGAGGAAGAGAGAGCCCAGGCCAGAAUUGCCACCUUAAAUGGCACUUCUGUCAUGGCCAGUACCAGUUCUAGGGCCACACCUUGA